AUGACCUCGCAAUCGUUCGACGCACAGCUUCUAAUUCCGGACAACAACGCAUCGCAUCGGCAACUAGUCGAACUGAUUGCCGCCGGCGAAUUCACUGGACGAGGACUGCCCGAUGUUGCGCACAAAUAUCUGGACGCGUUUUGCAACAAUAGCUACUCGAAUGGUCGUCGAAGAUGGGCUGGUGUUGCGCUAGUUGGCAUGAUGCGCGCGUCUGCCAGCGUUGUUCAGCGCUUAAAGAAGCUGUCUCGGGGACCAUCUCGACUUGGCGCUAUUGUUCUUAACCACCGAGAGACUGAAGAACGCAGAAUUAUCGCUGGGCUCAUCAUACGGCAAGGUCUUGAUGCAGGCAUUGACUUUGCAGAUUUUUGGGAUUCGAGUAAAAUAAUGGACAGCGUUCUCAAUUUCCCCAAGGACUCGAACGAGGAAUGGAUGGCUCAAUUCCAAAGGUAUCUGGACACCCUAAGCGGUCUCGCAUUUGCGAACUUGAGCACUGAUGCCGUGGUACUGUAUCCUAUGUUUCUCUCCGCCAACGACGACUUCCAAUGGACUGGCCGAUCUGCUGUUGCGCUUAUCGAAGAGAACGCAUUAAAAAUGUUCGUGUCUGACUCCACACUUACCGAAUUUCAAUUCGUCGACAUACCUCUCGGCCACAUCAAAGAAAUAAACCUGCAGCACGACUCUCCUCAUGAAAGCCAAGAGGGUCGGUCUGGGCACAAGAUGUACAGUGCGACGAUCGUCUUACAUCACAGCUCACCGAACUAUUAUCUGAACGCGUCCAGUCGCACGACAUCUGAGUUCAGGCUGGCAUUUUCCGAGCAAGACGAUGCCAAUGAAUUUUACGCCGGGCUUCAAAGCUUUGUUACCGCCUCAAAUGCGGCAGCCGAAACAGACGAACCGAAAACUUCCAGGGUCCCUCACAAGAACCUUCGCGAACAAUCCGCUUCACGAUCCGAACCUCGAGACAGUGGGGAUACGAAUUCGGUCACUAGCUCAGCAGAAACAUUGGAUGAGCCUGCCCUGUCCGAGCAUCCGCCCGGGUCGGGUAAGGAGCGGGGCAAAGGGAAAUUAAAAAGUAUAUCAAAAGCGACGAAACAGAAAGCUGUACGAACUCAGCGAUUACCUUCUGGUCCGUCAAAGGUUACCAAAUCCAGAGCCGCUAAGAGGGCUGCCCCUAUCAUCGAUGUAAGCGGGGACGAAGAUGAAAGUGAGGAUUCUUCACAAGACGAGUAUCAUCCAAAGUCGACCGCGCGGGCGCGCAAUUCUCUGAGUAGCGGAACCGUCAGAAAGUCACAGGGUCGGCGCAGAAUGAACGCCGAAGACGAAGCCUUUGUCCCGACCGUUUCAAAAGCGAAGCCGAUGUCGACCAAGCGUAAGAGAGCAUCCAGCGACGCAGACGAACAUAAUCGUCCAACAAAGAAGAAAACAGACAUGAGGUCAGGCACCGACACUAUCCAGAACGGGGGGCCAGGACGGCACUCGUUGAUUGAUGGGUUAUUGAAUUCAAAGAGCCCGAACAAAGCUGCUGCCCCAACAUUCAAAAAGCCAGGCCAGCCUGCUUCAACGCCACGUAGGCCAAAGACCCAAUCUGUCCGAACCACUCCGAGACCGCAAACACCCCACGACGCGGAAGAUCUCCCUGUGUACAUCUCGUCGUCAUCUACACCGCGCAGCCAGGUGAUACACGAGGAGGACUUCGGUCUUGGCCACACUCCAAUUGAUGCCGAGAUCCUCUCAAGCAACACAAAGCGAGUUCCUGACUCACCACAUGCCGAGUCCACGGCCAUUUCCGGGCAUGCUGAUCGGGACGACGUUCAAAGAGAAAAGCGUAUAGCAGACAUGGAAACUGCGAAGAGCGAUCCUUUUCAGCAACGCGGACAGGGGCAGAAGAUAACUACGUUCACUCGCAAGCUGACUGGAGAGGGAUUCGUAGACGAUGGCGCAGUUCACAAGGAGUCUUUCAACGAUGACCUUGAGGCUGAUGAGCUACCCAUUGAUAUCGCGAGCCAACCACUGCCGAAACACAUACAACCGAAAGAGUCCAUUAUCUCAGCACCACAAGAAGCAGUCGAAGACACCCUGCCCCAGGCAAUAGACCAACAACCAGAUGCAGCCAAUGUGGAUGGUGAAACCACACUCGUUGGUGAAGAAAUGGAUUUACCUGAGCAAUACACGGCAAAGGCUUCGGAUUUACGGUUCAGAUCGUCACCGCCCAUUCCAGACUCGUCGAGCGUCCGAGAUGCCUCCUCUGAUGCACCAGAACCAGAGCCGGAGCAGUCACCCGCAACGUCGAGGGCAGACGAGCUCGAAUGGGAGGAUUCUCUCCAGCCACAUCAGCGAGAUCUUCACGAGCAGCUGCUGCGUACUUCGAAACGCGUCGUCCGUAACAUCGUGGGCCAUGAGACUGCUGUCACCGACAUAGCUGAUGUCUUCGCCAAUGAUGGAGAGCGCUUGCUCAACCUACUGCUGGAGAGACAGGAAAGCGAAUCUACAGAGGCAUUUCAAGAGCUUAUGACCAAGAAACAAAGUCUACUGAAAGAGCUUUCUGAUACGUCCAAGAAUCUGAAGCUGCAAAGGAAGCAAUUGAAAGAUAUUGAGUAA